AUGGGGCGAAAGCCGGACAAGGACGGGGCCUACGGGAAACCAGCCAAGUACGACCCCUCCUUUCGAGGCCCCAUCAAGAACAGGGGCUGCACAGAUGUCAUUUGCUGCGUCCUCUUCCUGCUCUUCAUUUUGGGUUACAUUGUGGUGGGGAUCGUGGCCUGGGUGUAUGGAGACCCUCGGCAAGUCCUCUACCCCAGGAACUCCACGGGGGCCUACUGCGGGAUAGGCCAGAACAAAGAGAAGCCCUACCUCCUGUACUUCAACAUCUUCAGCUGCAUCCUGGGCACCAACAUCAUCACAGCCGCCACCAACGGCCUCCAGUGCCCCACGCCCCAGGUGUGUGUGGCCUCCUGCCCCGGAGCCCUGUGGGUCCCGCAAGAGAGCCAGUACUCGCAGACGGUGGGCGAGGUCUUCUAUUCUGAAAACAGGAACUUCUGCCGGCCCGGGGUGCCCGGGGAUCUGCCGGUGCUCCAAAGCCUGGAACAGGAACUGUGCCCCCGUUUCCUGCUCCCGUCCUCUCCAGCCCUGGGCCGUUGCUUUCCGUGGUCCAACGUGACCUCCCCAGAACUCCCAGGAAUCAGCAACACGUCCAUCUCUCAGGGCAUCAGCGGGGUUCUUGACGCUCUCAAUGCCCGAGACAUCGGCGUGAAGAUCUUUGAAGACUUCGCGCAGUCCUGGUAUUGGAUUCUUGUUGCCCUGGGCGUGGCUCUGCUCCUCAGCCUGCUGUUUAUCCUGCUUCUGCGCCUGGUGGCCGGGCCCCUGGUGCUCGUGCUGAUCCUAGGGGUGCUGGCCGUGCUGGCCUACGGCAUCUACCACUGCUGGAAGGAGUACCGGGUGCUGCGGGACCAGGGCGCCUCCAUCUCCCAGCUCGGCUUCACCACCAACCUCAGCGCCUACCAGAGCGUGCAGGAGACCUGGCUGGCUGCCUUGAUCCUGCUGGCCGUGCUCGAAGGCAUCCUGCUGCUGAUGCUGAUCUUCCUGCGACAGCGGAUUCGCAUCGCCAUCGCCCUGCUGAAGGAGGCCAGCAAGGCAGUGGGACAGAUGCUGUCGACCAUGUUCUUCCCGGUGCUCACCUUCGUCCUCCUGCUCAUCUGCAUUGCCUACUGGGCUAUGACUGCGCUAUACCUGGCCACAUCAGGGCAACCCCAGUACGUCUACUGGGCCCCCAACGCCAGCUUGCCUGGCUGUGAGGAAGUGCCGAUGAAUACGUCGUGUGACCCCAUGGCCCAGUCCAGGAACUACUCGUGCCCAGGGCUCAUGUGCGUCUUCCAGAGCUACUCAUCCACAGGCCUGGUGCAACGCUCUAUCUUCAACCUGCAAAUCUACGGGGUCCUGGGGCUCUUCUGGACCGUUAACUGGGUACUGGCCCUGGGCCAGUGUGUGCUGGCCGGGGCCUUUGCCUCCUUCUACUGGGCCUUCCAUAAGCCCCGAGACAUCCCCACCUUCCCCCUGGCCUCUGCCUUCAUCCGCACACUGCGGUACCACACUGGGUCUCUGGCAUUUGGGGCCCUCAUCCUGACCCUGGUGCAGCUGGCCCGGAUCGUCUUGGAGUACAUCGACCACAAGCUGAGAGGAGCCCAGAACCCUGUGGCCCGCUGCAUCAUGUGCUGCUUCAAGUGCUGCCUCUGGUGUCUGGAAAAGUUCAUCAAGUUCCUGAACCGCAACGCCUACAUCAUGAUCGCUAUCUACGGGAAGAAUUUCUGCGUCUCAGCCAAGAAUGCCUUCAUGCUGCUCAUGCGAAACAUUAUCAGGGUGGUGGUCCUGGAUAAAGUCACAGACCUGCUGCUGUUCUUUGGGAAGCUGCUGGUGGUCGGAGGUGUUGGGGUCCUGGCCUUCUUUUUUUUCUCGGGCCGAAUCCAGGGACUGGGUAAAGACUUUGAGAACCCCCACCUCAACUAUUACUGGCUGCCCAUCAUGACCUCCAUCGUGGGGGCCUACGUCAUUGCCAGUGGCUUCUUCAGUGUUUUUGGCAUGUGCGUGGACACCCUCUUCCUCUGCUUCUUGGAAGACCUGGAGCGGAACGACGGCUCCCGGGACCGGCCCUAUUACAUGUCCAAAUCCCUUCUGAAGAUUCUGGGCAAGAAAAACGAGGCGCCUCCGGGGGACAGAAAGAGGAAGAAGUGAGGGCCAUGGCCCUGACCCAGGACUGCACCCGCCCGUACCCUGGC